UGGGCAUCUCUGGCCUAACCCGAAAGCCUGAUGGAGGGACAGCUCAUCAGCCAGCAGGAUAAAAACUCACACAGGAACAUGUGAAAGGAAGAGACCUCUCCUUGUGACUCUGACUUCUGACAUGAUCUCCAGGGUGACAUGACUCAGACACUAACUCGUAGCAGUAAACACAUAUUCGCACAAUCAACCCUCCAUCAAGUUACGGAAAUAGCAGCACUUGCGUUCCUUGCCCUCUCAAAAAAGCCUUGAGGCACAUUAAAAAGAAUGGAAAUAGUACAUCACUCGGCGCAGACACUGAAGACAGCUCUCAUUUCCAAGAACCCUGAACUAGUGGCCCAGUACAAGAAGUUCAAUGUCCAGGAGCGGCAUUUGAUGAAUGAUGCCUUCCAGCAGCAUACCAACCUCUUUGCACCCAUCACCCUGCAUUCGCAGUCCGACUGGCUCACUUCCCAUCCCGAGGACCCCCAAGACUUCGAGCAGUUUUUCAGUGACCCUUACAGGAAGAAACCUUCUCCUGAGAAGCACCGAAUUUAUAUACAGUGCAUUGGAUCUCUUGGGAGCAGCAGUGUCAAUGAGGACUAUGUCCAGUGGCUCAAGAGCUAUUGCGAAGCCUUUUUCUAUGGCUUGACUGUCAAGCUCCUGGACCCUGUUGCUGUCUCUGAGACAUGCUGUUCCUUUCGAGUCAAUGGCAGCACCCACAACCUGCAGAUUCACGCAGGGCAGAUCCUCCGGUUCUUGAAAAAGAAGAAACCUCGAGAUGCCUUCUGCAUUGUGGGGAUCACGAUGAUUGACCUUUAUCCAAGAGAUUCCUGGAAUUUUGUCUUUGGACAGGCUUCUUUGACUGACGGCGUGGGGAUAUUCAGUUUUGCCAGGUACUGCAGUGAUUUCUAUAGCCCCCACUAUAAGGGCAAGGUGAAGAGGUCACAGAAAAUGUCUCCCGGCGACUACUCCAUUUUUGACAACUAUUACCUUCCUGAAGUGACCAGUGUCCUUCUGCUCCGCUCCUGUAAGACCUUGACCCACGAGAUCGGACACAUAUUCGGGCUCCGACACUGUCAGUGGCUGGCGUGCCUCAUGCAGGGCUCCAACCACCUGGAGGAAGCUGACAGGCGCCCCCUUGACCUGUGCCCCAUCUGUCUGCGCAAGCUGCAGUGCGCCAUCGGCUUCAGCAUUGUGGAGAGAUACAAGGCGCUGGUGAGGUGGAUCGAUGAUGAGCCGGCCGGGACCUGGUGUGUUGUCACUUCCAAGCCAAGCAGUGAAAAUGAUCCACAUUUGCCGAAACCCGUGGAAGCCUUUAAGGAGUGGAAAGAAUGGAUAAAAAAAUGCCUGGCUGUUCUCCAAAAAGAAGAACCUUCAAACGUGACUCAUUAAAGCUAACACUUGCACGUCUGCUUUUAGUGGGGUGGAAAGCUUUAUCAGAGU